AAGUCGAAGGGGAAAAAAAGUACAACAAGGAAAUAUCUUUGACAGAGUCUUUUUUCACGCCGGCUACGUUAGGUUACAACUCAAGAGAAGCAUUUUAAAGGAAACUACUAAGAUGGCCGCCUAUACCAGGUAGAGUAUGCCAUGGAGGCCAUUGGUCACGCUGGCACUUGUCUGGGGAUUUUGGCCAAUGACGGUGUGCUGCUGGCGGCUGAGAGGAGGAACAUCCACAAGCUAUUGGACGAGGUGUUUUUCUCAGAAAAGAUCUACAAGCUGAAUGAGGAUAUGGCGUGUAGCGUGGCUGGAAUCACAUCCGAUGCCAACGUACUGACCAAUGAGCUGAGACUAAUAGCACAGAGAUACCUACUGCAGUACCAGGAGCCUAUCCCCUGUGAGCAGCUGGUUACAGCUCUGUGUGACAUCAAACAGGCCUACACACAGUUUGGAGGGAAAAGGCCCUUUGGCGUGUCUCUGCUGUACAUGGGUUGGGACAAACACUAUGGUUUCCAGCUCUACCAGAGUGACCCCAGCGGCAACUACGGAGGCUGGAAGGCCACCUGUAUCGGCAACAAUAGUGCCGCGGCCGUGUCCAUGCUGAAGCAGGACUUCAAAGAAGGAGAGAUGUCUCUGUCCUCUGCCCUGGCUCUGGCCGUCAAAGUGCUCAACAAGACUAUGGACGUCAGCAAGCUGUCUGCUGAGAAAGUGGAGAUCGCCACUCUGACCAGAGAGAACGGAAAGACUUGCAUCAAGGUGCUGAAACAGAAGGAAGUGGAUGAGCUGAUCAAGAGACAUGAGGUGGAGGAGGCCAAAGCGGAGAAAGAGAAGAAGGAAAAAGAGCAGAAGGAGAAAGACAAAUGAGUGGCCCACAGUGUUACUUUUCUGUAAAAAAAAAUUAAAAUAGUUCAGGUUUUCUAAAUUGUU